CUGUGUAGAGAGUACAGAAGUGUGGGACGGAAGUUCUCAAGGGGGAUAACUAUUAAGCUCGUUUCCACACACUGUGCUCGUUUCUAGAGAUUUAAACUCUCGAAGCACGCAGAAACAUGGCUGAUGAUGAAGACAUGGGAGAUGAUUUUGAUGAGGGACCCGAUGAUCUGGAGGAGGAUGUGCUUGACGAGCCUCUUGAAAAUGAGGGAGAAGAAAAGAUUGACUUGUUAUCAGAGGGGACACCAGGCUUGGUUGAUCCAUCAAAACGGAUAACAACCAAAUUUAUGACCAAAUAUGAAAGAGCAAGAGUACUUGGGACGCGAGCACUGCAAAUAGCCAUGUGUGCACCAGUGAUGGUAGAACUGGAAGGAGAGACAGACCCUCUACAAAUAGCUAUGAAGGAACUUAAAGCAAGAAAGAUUCCCUUCAUAAUACGCAGAUACCUACCAGAUGGCAGCUAUGAAGAUUGGGCUCUUGAUGAACUGGUCAUCACUGACUAAGACUAUUUUUAAAAUAAAGUUGUAUUUUAUUAUUGUAUUGUUUAUGUUUUGUUUAAAUGCUUUGCUAUUAUUGGACUAGAUAGAAAAUCCUCCAAUAAAGAACUUCUUAGAUGGGUAUGUGUGUGUUAGAGAGAAUGAACUAAGUAGAAAACAUUAAAGCCUUUAUAUCACACACACUUUCAUUUAAAAUGAAAAACCCUUUGAUAUGUUACAUGGUAGUGCAUAAAUAGCACAUGUUAACAUGAAUUUAUAAGCGAUUAUUGUAAUCUCCUAAAGUAUUUAAUAAAUACAAAUUCACUGGUC